AUGGAUUUGGCACUCAACCGAGAAGCUAUGGACAGAACAAGUUAUGAAAAACUAAGAAUAGUCAAUGGCAUCAUGUAUCUAACCUUUCAACUAGCAUGUUAUGCAGUUGAAUUGCUAGGUAAUGAUAAUGAAUGGCAAGACGCAUUGGUUCAAGCUUCUCAAUUAGCAUCUGCAUCUGAAAUAAGGGGUUAUGUUUUUUAUCAAUGGACAAGGAGAAACAAAAAAUUAUUUCUUCGACAAACAUUUACUGCUAAGCUUCGUUCAAUCGGGCAAAUUAUAUUGGUUAUUACUUCUUCGGGAAUAGCUUCCUUACUAUUGCCUGGUGGUCAGACAGCACAUUCAAGGACAAAAACAUUGAUGAUGCAUCGAAACUACUUUGAAGCUUUAGAUAAAACCUUAAGGGACAUCAAUUCUAACAAUGAUCCUUAUGCACGAUCAAAAUGUUUCAAUGAAAAAAUAGUUAUUCUCGAUGGUAACUUCAAACAAGUGCUCCUUUUGAUGAAGGGUAGAACAAGAAAAGAUAUAGUGAAUGCCAGCAUCAGAAUUACAAAUCAUGAACUCAAAUUGAAAAUAGGCUAUGUGAUUAUGUUGUUGAAAAAUAUAAAUCAAACUUUAGGUCUUUGUAAUGGAACGAGACUUAUAAUCACACAAUUGGCUCUGAGUGUGAUUGAAGGAGGAAACAAUUUCCUAUCAAAUUGUCAUAUGUAA